GUUUUGGCUUGCGACCACGACCAUCUCCGCGAACCUUCGACUGCCAUCAAGGACCUUCUAGCGCGGUCUCGUAUAUUCUGCAUGGCUCAGACAUCCGCCGACUCGAAAGUCGGCUUCCAAGCGCUUUUGCUCGCGAACGAGCAGCGCAAUGCGUAUGGGUUGCGGUACAAUGACUAUGGACGCUACAGGAAACAUUGCGGGAACCGGACCCAUCGCUUGCGGUCGUCCAUAAAGAUGACCCAUGGCAAAGGUCGCGAGUUCAAGAAGCUGCCUCCGCUCAAGCUCGACGCAAUCAAUGAUGGACACCUACAGCUACUCUUCUUCGAGGCGGAACGAGCCUGGGCUUACUCUCAAGAGCUCAACCUCCAGGCAAACCAAGCGACCACGAACCCGAAGGGCGCUGCCGUCAAGGGUCAUGACGAUAGCCCUUCUGCUCUGCGCCGACAUGCAACAUCUCGUCUACGGCGCGCUGUCCACUGGUCGACCCAACUGCUCUCGCAUUGCCAGACGCUCUACUCUUCAGGUCGUCUCUCCUCAGACGACCUUGCACAGGCCACCGUGUACACCCUAAUUAUUAACGGACGGCUUUUACGACACCGCUACGAAUUUGAGGACGCACUCGUCCAGAUGAGUGUCGCUCGUAGCCUCCUGGACGAGCUAGCAAGCAAGGCGGCUACGAGCCGCGACCAGGCGCUCGCAACAGCCUUCGCAGACGAGAUUGGCCCUGAAAUCCGCCACUGUGCACACGAGAUGCGUCGGCCCAACUCGUAUGACGUCGACGCGAUUGUGGCAGACGUUGCACCGAAGCAUCGGAACCAGCUCGUGGAGGGUUGCGACAAGCUGUUGGCCAGCUUGGGCAGGGAGGCGGAGAGCGCAGGACAUGGUAGGCAGAAACUGGAGACGUUGAUGUGGGAGGACGAGCCGGUGCCGGUGAGGAACCCCGAGCUUGUGGGCGUCUUUUUGCGCGCACAGGAGGCGGAGAAACGGCUGAAGGAGGCGGAAGGGAGCAAAAAAAGGGGCCGGGCGGGAAAGGGCACUCGCUCAAAGCGUGGCGUUGCCGCAUACGAUGCCAUUCUCUCCGCACUCAGCGAUGCCGAGGAAGUAGCGCGUAAACUGGUCGAGGCUCAACAACUGACAGGGUCGACCUCAGCCGCUCCCGCUGCUGGCACGCGCGAUAUCGCCUUUGUGCACGCGUUCAUCGUGUAUCAACUACUAUCCUACCGCAUCCAGCGCGAUCUGCUGCUCAUCUCUACGCUCCUCCAUCAGUCGCAGACACCCCACACGUCGAAAGUUAGCAGCACGUCGAAGCCUCGCAAGGAGCACGUCGACGCACGUCUUUACCCAGCGGUCGUCAAGCUUCUCGACACUGUCAUUCAAAGUCUCGAGCAGAUGCGCACCCUCACAAUCGUGGAUGAGAGCCCGGACUUGGCGUCGGCAGUGGAGGCACGACAAGAAUUCUCGAAGGCUCGGAGAUGCCGCUACCUCGCGCGGUCUUAUGCUCCCCUCAAGAAAUACGCAGAGGCGCUUACGCUCACGCAGCAUGCGAGCAUACACCUGCGGUCGGCACACUCUACCUUAUCGAUUCUGGCCGACAGCGAUAGCGACCCGAUUACGUUCUACCCACUGCUCGCAGAGGACGUAGAUCAACUCGACGCGGAAGUGGCAGAGGACAGCACGGAGUACAAGCGCGAUUGGUUCGCGUACAACGGCGGUUCCGUCGAUGAAGAGGCCCGGAAGACGUACAAGAAGCCGUUAUUCUUUGACAUUGCACUGAACUACGCCAAUCUCGACAUGGACCGACUGCAGGAGCGUGCGGGUAAGGUAGUCGGGAAAGUGCCACAGGCUGCUGCAGCUCCGGUAAUCGAGAAGAAGGUAACGGCCCGGGCUAAGGAGGAGAUUGAGAGGGCGCCGACUCCAGAACCGUCCGCUCCGUCGGGAAGUGGUUUGACUAGUUUGCUCGGAGGCUGGUGGGGCAGGAAGUAA